ACGAGCAUAAAGGGGUGCGUGGAGAUUCUUAUGUCGUAGUAACAUCCAACCCUAACCCUUGCCUAUCAAGGGAGGUACUGUUAAACUGUUAAAUGCAACUCCGAAUUUCUGGAAUCUCAAUUAUGGGCCGCUCAAUUCCCAGUCUUCUUCCAACCGUCACGUAGAGCAACUCCUCCAUCAUGUCGACUUCUAACCUCGCCACCGAUCUCAAUUACUUGGCCGAUGCUGCACAUCUGCUGGCGGAAGCCGCGCCAGAGACCUCAGCCUACAUGAUGAGCUGUAGGACCGGGCUAAUGUUCGCCAACGAGCUUCAGCAUUCCGAUGUCCAGAAGCAGCAUAUCUGCGGCGCCUGCGGCCACAUCAUGAUACCUGGCCAUGGUAGCGCGCUGAGGAUCGAGAGUGAUCGGGCAUUGCAUAGACAGAAGCGCCAUCAUAACAGGGCCGAGAAGAAGCCACAGCACGCAAAAGAUGUGGAAAACAGAUCAGGGCCUUCCAAGGUGCUUUCCUGCGGGCACUGCGGAAGAUACACCAAGAUCGCAAUACCGCCGCCAGGUCCAAUUACGAGGAAGAAGACCUAUGUCCACUCUACCGCCCCUAUAUCGGUUUCUCGAGGUGCCGAGUCGCAGAAACAAGCUGCCAACGCAAGCAGCAAGAGGAGGGCCAAGAACCGCAAGGCUGGACUCCAGGCUCUGAUUGAGCAGAGCCAAGCUAAUAGGAACUUGGCGAAGCCUGCACUUGGUCUGAGCCUUGCAGAUUUCAUGAAGAACUGAGUCAGGCCGGCUUCUCAGUCUCUUGAGCAGUCGCGGUCUUGGC